CAAGGAGUGACGUAACCUCACUCUAACGACGACAAGGAGGAGGAACAUGAGAAGCUCCAUAGUCCAUAGCCGUGGGCCCUUGGCCACCAAAAAAGUAUUCCUUUCCUCCCCACAAAGUUCAAGAAUUGAAGCUUUUUCAGUUGAGGGGUUUUUCAAGGCCCCAGAGACUCUCACCAAAACUAAUACUAUGAUGUCAUCGAUAAAAAACCAAGCAGCUAGUACGUACAUUCUCUAAAUAUAUCUCUGUUCUUUCUCAUAAAUUCGUAAAGUUUCUCAUUCUUUCUAGUAGUAGGUGAACAGAGAUAUGCAUGUGUACAUGAGCUAAUAAGGAUUUGUUCUUUGCCAAAGCAGACGAAGGUAUUGACAAGAGCAUAUACACAAUCCUGACUGUGGACCGCUGGGAAUCAUUAAACAAGAUGCGUUAUAAGAUGGCUUCACUAAGGCCAGUUCAUGGGAGACUAACUUUGAAAUUCUUGAAAUGGUUUAUAAAACAACCAGGUUUAGAGAUUGACCACAUUAUUCACAUGCACUGUAUCACUGCCCACAUACUAAUAAGAGCACGGAUGUAUGAUUCUGCUAAGUCAAUUUUUAGGUAUUUAUCAGAAAUGGGUAUUGGGUCAAAAUCUGUUCUUGGUGCCCUUAUGGAUACUUAUUGCCUCUGGAAUUCAAAUGUUGCAGUGUAUGAUGUUUUAAUAAGGGUUUAUGUGAGAGAAGGAAUGGUUAAGGAUGCUUUAGAGGCAUUCUACUGGAUUGGUUGUCAUGGAAUAACUCCGUCGGUUCACACUUGUAACAUGAUUCUUGCAGCGAUUGCCAGGUUCCAAGAUACUACCGAGUCCGUUUGGUCAUUCUUCAAGGAAAUGCUUGCAAAAUGUAUAUGCCCCAAUCUGAAGACAUUUAACAUACUCUUGCAUGUCCUGUGCUCAACUGGAAAGCUUAAGAGAGCAAAUCAAUUGCUUAAUAUGAUGGAGGAGAGUGGAUACAUUCCUGAUGUAGUUACUUACAAUACUUUGCUAAAUUGGCUUUGCAAGAAGGGAAGAUAUAAUUCAGCAUAUGAGCUGAUUGAUCGUAUGGCUUGUAAAGGUCUUGAAGCUGAUAUUUGUACAUAUAACAUGCUUAUAGAUGAUUUAUGUAAGAACGAUAGGAGUGCAAAAGGGUAUUUGCUUUUGAAAAAUGUGAGCAAGAGAUCUGUAAUUCCAAAUGAAAUCACGUAUAACACCCUGAUCAAUGGAUUCAUGAAAGAGGGAAAGAUUGGAGUGGCGAUGAAGGUUUUUCAUGAGAUGAAGAGUCUGAAUAUGUUGCCAAACCUUGUCACUUUCAAUGCUUUGAUUGACGGGCACUGUCGGGUGGGCAUGUUUGAAGAAGCUUCUGGACUUCUGGAGGAAAUUGAAGCAAGGGGAUUACAUCCCAAUGAGUUUAGCUACGGGUCUAUCUUGAAUGGGUUUUGCAGAUGUGGAAAGAUUGAUUCUGCAAGAUAUAUAUUUAAGAGGAUGAGGAAGGAUAACAUAGCUCUCAAUCAUGUAUCCUACACAAUUCUAAUUCAAGGGCUAUGCAAAAGGGGGAUGAUUGAAGAAAGCCUAAAACUUUUCAAUGAAAUGGUUGGGAGUGGCAUAUGCCCCGAUGUUAUUGCAUACUCAGUUCUUGUAAAUGGGCUUCUCAGAGCUAGAAGGAUAAAGCAGGCAAAAGAGAUGAUGUGUAAAAUGUACAAAAUUGGAGCUUUUCCGUAUGACUACAUGCACCGUAACUUACUUUACAACUUCUGCAAGCAGAACAGUAUCUUCCAAACUAUGAAACUCUUCCAAGUGAUGCUGGAAAAUGGCCAUGAUGCUGACCUGUCUCUAUACAAUACACUCAUUUCUUGUCUUUGCAGAUGCGGAAAGGUACAGGAUGCAGAGGAUUUUAUGCGUCACAUGUUAAGAAUUGAUCUUGUACCCGGUUCUGCUUGUUUUGAUUCUCUGAUUUCCGGCUAUGCAAAUAUAGGAGAUAACUUCAAACUUUUAUCAUUGAUUGAUGAAAUGGCCAAAUUGGGAAACCAGCCUACCCUUUACACGUAUAAAGGGGUAUUAAAGGGAUUAUGCAAAGGAGGAAACUUUACCGCGGCAGUCAAGUUGUUUGAUGGACUAUGUCAAUCUUCUCAUUCUGUCCUUGAUGUAAGUAUAUACAAUACAUUGUUAGCUGAGGCAUGUAGAUUAGGAUAUCUCCCUAUGGCAUUGGUAAUUUUUAAUGAUAUGGUGCAUAACCAUGUGAUACCUGAUGGCUAUACAUAUGCUAAUAUCGUAGCCGGAUUGUGUAGAAAUGGUAAAGUAACUUCUGCAAUUAUUUUAUUGCCGAAAGCAUUGGAAAAAGGAACAUUGCCUUCUAACCGGUUGAUGUAUACAAGUGUAAUAGAUGGGCUUUUUAAGAUGGGUUUACCAAAGGUUGCCUCUUGUUUCUUUGAUGAGAUGAUUAAGCAAGGGCUGAGACCAGAUGCUAUGGUGCUAAACACAAUGAUAGAUGGUUACUCAAUGAUUGGUCGAAUGGAUCAAGCAAAUAGAUUUUUCUCAAUCAUGAAGGUCAAUUUUUUAUCUCCCAAUAUUGAUACAUAUAAUAGCUUAUUACACGGUUAUGCAAAAUUGCAAAAUAUAUCAGAGUGCUUUGGAUUAUACUGUUCAAUUUCAAGAAACGGCCUCACCCCAGAUAUGUCAACCAGAAAAGCUUUGAUCUUUGCACUUUGUGAGUCACGUAUGUUGGAUGUUGGGGUUAAGUUUGUAAACAAAAUGAUAAUGGAAGGAGCGGUAAUAGAUAAAGCUUCAUUCAACAUGAUAAUCGCGAAAUAUAGUGAGAGGGGGGAGAUGCAGAAAGCAUUUGAUGUGGUGACUAUUAUGAACUUAGCGGGCGGUUUUCAACCAGAUGCUGAUACUUACGAAUCAAUACUUAAAGGACUAAGAAGAAUGUCUGAUUUCCAAACUUCUCGUGCCGUCUUUCAUGAAAUGCUGAAAAAUGGUUUCAGGCCGACUGAUAGACAGUACGUCAGUGUGGUUAGUGGUAUGUGUAGGGUGGGAGAUGUACAACGAGCAUUCCAGUUUAAGGAUGAAAUGGAAUCUCUCGGCAUCAGGUCCCGUGAUAUUGCUGACAGUGCUAUUGUUAGAGGUCUUGUGCGCCGUGGGAAGACGGAGGAAGCAAUGCUUGUUCUUGAUUGUAUGCUAAGAGUCCAACUCGUUCCAACCAUUGCAACGUUUACAACAGUAAUCCAUGGGUUUUGCAAAGAAUCUAAAGUUUCUGAGGCUUUGAGUUUGAAAAAUGCAAUGGAAGUUCACGGGGUGCAGCCUGAUGUUGUUGUUUAUAAUGUACUAAUCACGGGCCUUUGUGUUAAUUGCGGAUUGGAUUGCGCAUUUGAUUUGUACAAGGAGAUGAAGCAAAGAGGUGUUUGGCCUAACAUUACCACAUAUGUUGUUCUUGUUAAUGCAGUUCAUUCGGAUAAUGAUCAGGGGAAGGGUGAACAACUUAUAAUGGAUCUUCAGGAAAGAGGACUGAUAAGGCACAAGCUAAGUUCAGAAGCUCCUAUACAUCAAAGAUUGACAGUUGUGAUGCAGAGGCUUAACUUAAUGAGGAAGAAAAGGACACACAGUAGUAGCAGAGAGAGAGAGAGGGGGUGGCAGGCUAUUAUGUAAACAAUUGAUGCAGAGAAGAACCAUACACCCUUUUGCAACUUUUGCUUCAAAUGUGCUUCAGGAUUAACCUGGUUUGCGUGGGUGCUAACCAACAAUGGAAAAUCUGAGACGUAUGGUGGACUGUCAAGCAAGGUGUGAUCUGUGUGGAAGGCGAGAAGAAUCAGUGAUGCACCUUUCGUCCGGUGUCCGAUGGCUGGAGAAGCUUGGCAAUCGGUGGGUUGGAGUCUAAUUGGAGAGUUGGCCAACACCUUUUUAGAGUGGCUGCAACAAGUAUUUCAAGCUAAGAAGAUGGAAGAGUUGCAGACCUUGGUGUGGGGUUGCUGGGAAUUGUGGACUGAAAGAAACCAGAGAGUAUGGAAGGGGGCAAGGCUAAGUGCUGCUCAGCUUAUGUUCAAGGCUAAAGCUUAUGUGGAAGGAUGGAUGCAGGCGCAACAAACAACCUGCAGCAAGGAAAAGAGCGGUCUCUCAUGCAACCCUUGCUGGAAACGACCAGCAUCAGGAUGGGAAAAAAUCAACUUCAAUGCUUCUAUGGGUCGAGUGUGCUUCGAACUAGGUUGGGUUGUCCAAGACGAGUUUGGAGGGUUCUUAGCAGGAGGAGCUAAACCUUGGUGGGGUAAAUGUACUCCUUUGGAAGCUGAAUUAUUGGCAAUUAGGGAAGCUUUGACCUGGCUGAAGAACUAAACUUGAGACUCGGUGAAGGUGGAGUCAGAUUCGUCAGUGGCUAUUUCUGCUACAAGAAUACAAUUCUUCGAAAUAAUUUCCAAACAUAACAGGUUUGCGGCAGGUGCUUACCAACAAUGGAAAAUCUAAUGAGACUUAUGGUGGAGUGUCAAGCAAGGUGCUUACCAACAACGGAAGAGUCUUUGAUGCACCUUUUUGUCAGGUGUCUGAUUGGAGAGUUGACCAACACGUUUUUAGAAUGGCUGCAACACGUAUUUCAAGCUAAGAGCAUGGAAGAAUUGCAGACCUUGGUGUGAGUUUGUUGGUGAUUGUGGACUGAAAAAAAACAAAAGAGUAUGGAAGGGGGCGAGGCUAAGUGCUGCUCAGCUUAUGCUCAAGGCUAAAGCUUAUGUGGAAGGACGGAUGCAGACGCAACAGAGAACCUGCAACAAGGAAAUUAACGGGCUCUCGGCAACCUGUGCUGGAAACUACUGGCAGCACCCUGGAAAAAAUUAAUGUCAAUGCUUCUACGGGUGGAGUGUGCUACGGACUAGGUUGGGUUGUCCGAGAUAAGUUCGUGAUGUUCUUAGCGGAAGGAGCUAAACCUUGAUGGGAUAAAUGUAUUCCUUUGGAAGCUGAACUAUUGGGGAUUAGGGAAGCUUUAAUCUGGCUGAAGAAUCAAACUUGGUAUUCGUUCUGAACUAACAAGAAUGAAUACCAUCUUUGUCUUUAACAAGAAUGAAUACCAUAAUACUAGUAUUAUAACUGUCAUAGCAAUUGGCAACUAGCUCGAGAAAACUCAACUUCAUUCCUUUUAAUUUUACUCUUCACUAGCAAACUUUUUAACACACAACUAUGG